AUUUUUUCUUAAUGCAAUUUUUACCAUAACAAAAAAUAAGAAGAAAAACGAUCAUUCUCAUCAAGAAAAAUAAUUGAUAGAAGUAGAGCAGUGCAAUUCAAGAGCAAGUGUUCUUCAUAGCAGAAGAGUGUUUAAAAGAACUAACACUAAUAAAGGUGAUGGAUAGGUAUGAGAAAGUGCAGAAGCCAAGAAAUGAGAGUCCUAUAAAGGAAAAUGAAAUAAGAAUAACAACACAAGGCAGAUUGAGGAACUACAUUACUUAUGCAACCAAUCUUCUUCUUCAGGAGAAAGGAUCUAAAGAAAUUGCGCUCAAGUCUAUGGGCAGAGCCAUUAGCAAAACAGUAAUGAUAGCGGAACUAAUAAAGAGAAAGAUCGCUGGCCUUCAUCAGAUCACAUCAAUUGGUUCAACUGAUAUCACUGAUACGUGGGAACCUGUAGAAGAAGGACUUCUUCCCCUCGAGACUACUCGUCAUGUGUCAGUCAUAACAAUUAUCCUUUCAAAGAAGGUGUUAGAUACUUCAUCAAUCGGGUACCAGCCACCUAUUCCAGCAAAUCAAGUCAGACCACUAACUGAAUACGAUUAUGGAGGAGAAGGGCGUUUAAACAACGAUGGUGGGCUAGGAUAUGGUGGAGACGCUGGAUGGAAAGGAGGGCGUGGAUAUAAUGGUAGAGGGCGAACUGGAGGAAGAGGUGGUGGUUAUCGUGGGCGUGGUAACAACUAUGGUGGAGUAGCUGGUUCAAUGCCCAUUCAAGGCCAGGGUCGGGGCCAAGGACAAGGACAAGUACAAGGCCGGGGUAGAGGUCGUGGUCAGGGUCAAGGUCAAGGUAUUAAAUCAAAUGGUCCUGCCCGGGCAUCGGUUGCAUAUGUGUGAAUGUUAGGACAGGUGGUCGAUCACUUGCCAUUUUUACGAGGUGUCCGUGCUUGUGUUCACCAAAAUUUAACAGAAACUCAAGACUAAUACACCUUUCAUUCUUUUAGUGCACAUCUGAAUUAUCUUUUAGUGAAAUUAAAACGUUUCUUGAAUUGGUGUUAACCUUAUAGUAUAAAUUUUCUUCCCCUUUAGCUGUGAAA